AUGGAGACAAGCUACGCAGCAGGGAUCCUGGGGAGUGAAUGGAUUUUCUCCAGACUCCAAAAAGAAAUGUGACUUCUCACAUAUGCUCCAGAAUUGCACCAUGUUUACCCAACGACCAAAAGGAUCCAUAGCUUUAUGGAUAUUUCUUUUUCUACAAACCACUACAGGAUUUGACAGGACUGGAAGAACUAUAUGGGAAAAAGAGGCUGGUUUAAGUCCCAUAAAUGAAACUCAGAUGUUCCUGCAUGACACUUUCCCUCCAAAGUUCCUCUGGGGUGUGGGGACCAGUGCCUUUCAGGUGGAGGGCAGCCAGAGGAAGGAUGGAAAGGGACCCUCAAUAUGGGAUCACUUCAUUCAUUCACAGUCUUUCCAAACAGAUGGAACCAGUGACAGCUACAAUCUUCUGGAAAAAGAUUUAUCAGCUCUGGAUUUUUUGGGAGUUUCUUCUUACUAUUUUUCAAUUUCUUGGCCAAGGCUUUUCCCCACUGGGAUGGUAACAGCUGUCAAUGAAAAGGGUCUCCGCUACUACAACAGCCUACUAGAUGCUCUCGCCCGCAGACACAUUGAGCCUCUAGUCACCCUUUUCCACUGGGAUCUGCCUUGGGCACUACAAGAGAAAUAUGGGGGCUGGAAAAAUGACUCUCUGAUUGACAUUUUCAAUGACUAUGCUACUUUUUGCUUCCAAGCAUUUGGAGAUCGUGUUAAGUACUGGAUUACAAUCCACAAUCCUUACCUAGCUGCUUGGCAUGGGUAUGGCACGGGGAUUCAUGCACCUGGGGAGAGGCAGGAAAGAGAUGUCUACACAGUAGGACAUAAUCUGAUCAAGGCCCAUGCAAGAGCCUGGCAUAAUUAUAACACCCAUUUUCGACCCCAACAGAAAGGAUAUUUGUCAAUAACAUUGGGAUCCCACUGGAUUGAACCGAACAAAUUCAAGGACAAGUCAGACAUUGCAAAGUGUCAGCAGUCCAUGCAGAAAGUGCUGGGGUGGUUUGCUAAGCCAAUACAUGGGGAUGGGGAUUACCCAGAAGAGCUGAAGAUGGAACUCACCUCUCUCUUGCCAAAUAUUACUGAGGCAGAGAGAAACUACAUUAAAGGGACUGCUGACUUCUUUGCUUUCUCCUUUGGUCCCGAUAAUUUUACACCACCAAAUAAGCUCCCCAAAAUGGGACAAACGUUCUCUCUCAACCUGAGGGAAGUAUUGAACUGGAUUAAACUGGAAUAUAACAAUCCCAGAAUCUUGAUUGCAGAAAAUGGGUGGUUCACAAAUGGCCAUGUACAAACAGAAGACACCACUGUUAUCUACUUAAUGAAGAAUUUUAUCAAUAAGGUGUUACAAGCUAUUAAAUAUGAUCAAAUUGAUGUGUUUGGUUACAUGGCUUGGUCCCUCCUGGAUGGCUAUGAAUGGCAACAUGGUGUAAAAAACCGACGUGGACUAUUUUAUAUAGAUUUCAGUAGUAAAGAAAAGGAACGGAUUCCUAAGACGUCUGCAUUAUAUUACAAGCAAAUCAUACAAGAAAAUGGAUUUCCUAGGAAUGAAUCAAUCACAACGUUGCACAAACAGUUUCCCUGUGACUUCUCUUGGGGUGUAACAGAGUCAGUUAUGAAGGCAGAAUCUGUCGCUUCUUCUCCACAGUUCUGUGAUUCCAACUUGUAUCUCUGGAAUGUUACCGGAGAUGGACUUUUCUAUGAGGUGAAAGGGGUGAAGCUGAAAACACGACCAGCUCAAUGUACUGACUUUGUCAGCAUUAAAACACAACUUGAGCUGCUGUCUAAAAUGAAAGUCACCCACUACAGAUUUGCACUCGAUUGGUCACUCCUUUUGCCUAGUGGCAAUUUGUCAUCUAUAAACAGGGAAGUCCUUCGUUACUAUCGUUGUGUGAUCAGUGAAAUGCUCAAACGCGGUGUGAACCCCGUGGUCACUUUAUAUUAUCCAACUCAUCGUUCCUUAGGCCUGCCUGGUCCUUUACUUCAAAAUGGCGGAUGGUUGAAUCGGUCCACUAUCCAAGCUUUUAGAAACUAUGCAGGAAUGUGUUUCAAGGAACUUGGGGACUUGGUUAAAUUCUGGAUCACAAUAAAUGAGCCCAACCGACUGAGUGAUAUUUACAACAGCAGCAGUAAUGACACCUACCUGGCAGCACACCAUUUGUUAAUAGCACAUGCUUUGGCCUGGCAUGUCUAUGAUAAACAAUAUCGAUCCUUUCAGUAUGGUCAGAUAUCCUUGACCCUGCAUUCUGAUUGGGCAGAACCAGCCAAUCCCUUUCUUGAUACCCACUGGCAAGCUGCUGAAAGAUUUCUUCAGUUUCAAAUAGCAUGGUUCUCAGAUCCCAUCUUUGUGACAGGAGACUACCCAGAGGCCAUGAGGAAAUACCUUGCCUAUAAGAAGAGCGAAGGCCUCUCCAGUUCCUCUUUGCCAUCUUUCACAGACAGAGAGAAGGAACUUGUAAAGGGGACAGCUGAUUUUUAUGCCUUGAACCACUUCACCACAAGAUUUGUGAUCCAUGAAUCCAAAAAUGGAAGUCGGUAUGAAAUUGACCAGGACAUUCAGUUUCUGCAAGAUUUCACAUGCCUACUUUCCCCAUCUCGUGUGGCGGUGGUACCUUCAGGGUUACGGAAAGUCCUAAAUUGGAUUAAAAAGCAUUAUGGCAACAUCGCUAUCUACAUCACAGCCAGCGGGGUAGAUGAUCAGUCUGCAAAUAACGAUGCCCUCCGUAAAUACUACAUUGAAAACUAUGUACAAGAAGCUUUAAAAGCUUAUCAUAUGGACAAAAUCAAUGUACGAGGGUAUUUUGCUUUUAAACUGACUGAUGAGAUCACCAGACCCAGACUUGGGUUCUUCACCUCUGAAUCCAAAGCCAAGUCUUCUGUCCAAUUCUACAACCUUCUAAUCAGCAACAAUGGCUUCCCCUUGGAGCCUGCAGACAAGAUGUGUAAUCAACCAAAGGAAAAAGCACCCUGUACUCUCUGCCUAUUUCUAAUGCAAAAAAAGCCACUGAUAUUCUUUGGAUGUUGUCUUGUCUGUACGCUCAUCUUGCUCCUAAGUAUUAUUGUUUUUCACAAAAGGAAAAGAAGGAAAUGGUCUUGGUCAAAAAACAUCCAUCCAAUCUAUGCUCCUGUUAAAACUAGACAGAAGAAUGUUCUCAACCAGAUAUAGGUUUGCCUCCUUUAUGUAUGUAUGCCCCUAGCAAAGGUGAGAAAGAUUGUUGAAAGCACUCCACGUUACUCCACUUAAAGUAUACUGAGGUACUUGUAAAAGAAACAGCACAUCUGGGUAGAGUACUCAAGGCGGUUAAUUCAAAAUUGUUACCCAGAAUCUCCAUCGGUUUAUAUUUAUAUAGUCAAAGAAUUCCAGGAUAUUUAACAAACAAAAACUGCAGUCAGGUAAUACAUUUAUUAGAACCAAAUGCCAUUUUGCAAAAGUGUGCAAGUUAGUUCUCCAGACUUUGCCAUCGGGCUAGGUGGAGUGGAAGAAACAUGGAUGUAAAAUGUGGCAAAAUGUGUUAAGCCAUCAGAUCUUCAGCUAAACUAAAUAUAAAGGGAGAGAAUGCAAGCUUUCUCAGUCACUGGUAAGUGUGUGCAGGGUAUCACAUGAGACACAGUCCUAGCAAUGCUGAGAAGUUGGUGGGUCCAGAUGGCUGGAAACAGAGGGCUAGGAGCAGCUCAGAUCUCACUAAGGCAUACAGGUAUACAGCAGAAGGUCCAGGAUAUUCAACCACAUGUGCUUGUUCACCUGUAAGUCACACUCCGAACUCUGGACUCCUCUCUUUAUGCUCUCAUAUAACAAUACAGGUGGGGGAGGGGCACAAAUUCUUCUUUCAUUUUUUUUUCAGUUUUGAUUGUAUAAUAUAAACAUGUUACCAGUCUGAUUAAUCUAACUGAUCUCAUGGUUGGAUAUCUCUGGAUGAGAGCAAGCCUUUAGGACAGAAGGGCUGCAGGAAAGUUUUAGAAGAACUAAUCUGUGCUAGCGUGUCAGGCAAAACCAAAAAGAAGAAAAGACAGAAAUGUUGUGGUCUUGGAAGUGGGCUUGU